AUGGGCCUCAUUAAACUCGCAAUGCUUGCCGGAGCCGGAAUGUACGCAGUAGACAAGUACACGCAAUCCCGACGUAAAAGGCAUCUCCCUCAAGAUUCCAACCACCAUACUCGCAACCCACAGCAAUACAUCGACAAUGGCGUCCCCAACCAACAUCACUAUUAUACUGAAGCCAAGCUGGGCGGCCAACAGCAGCAGCAGCAGCAGAAGGUCAUUCCUCUGGAGUUCACGCAUCGCCGCAACCAGCAACCGCAUCGGCAGCAGGGUGCUCAACCUCAAUAUCUACUGACAAAUGAUUCCAACGUGCCGGUGCCGGUGCCGUCGUACAGAUAUGAUCUCAAUGACGGUUCGGCUCACCACUUCCUCAAUCCCAUAACUAUGGUCAAGGGGCGAGCACAAGGCUUUGUUGAGGCAGAUGAGAUUGUCUCGGAGUCCGAGCUUGGCGGCACCAAGAACAGGCGCGGCGCAAGUGGAAGUGGAAGCACGGCGUUCUUGGACACGUUGGUGCAAAAUUGUGGGUAG